AAAAACCCUAAAACUGGAAUAGGCAUAGAUAACAAAACCCUAAUAUAAAGAGCACAGCCGAACAUCAAAUUCCAAUCCAAGAAAUCAGAAAAAAUGGCGAAGUCAUUGAGAUCGAAACGAGAGAAGAGACUGAGAGCAAUAAGAAGAGAUAUGUUAGAGUCUCAUUACGACCAAAAAGAUGUGGCAAAGCUUGCAGCUUUACAAGCUGCAAUUUCUGCCCCUAAAUUACCUGUUAAACAGCCCAAUUCCCCUUUUGCUGCUAUGGAUGUCGCCGCCCCAUCAAAUUCCAACAUGGAUGUGGAAAUGGCGGGUGACAAUCAGACUAAGGAUUCAUUAAAGCCUAUAGGCAAGAAGCUCAAAAAGAAAUUGAAGCUGGCAAAACGCAAUCGUCGUGGUAAGGGAGGGAAGGGCAAGAGGAAUCACAUUUAACGCUGUUAACUUGUAAGGAUAUUGUGAUCAUGUUUCGGUAUAGGUUUUAGCAAGGUGAGAUGAGGUUUGUUUGACAGUACUAUGUUAAAUUCUGAUGUUAUGAUAGAGUUACAGAUUGUGUAGGUAUAUGAGGAAUGAGAUACUGCUAUUGUUUUUCAGUACCAUAAAUCUCCUGUAUUGAUUUCAGAAAAUUUAUGCAUUUAUCCAAUGGAGACUGAA